GGAUUUUGCAACAGUGAUCCUUCCCAAAUUAGUGGUUCAGUGUUUACCCUGAAAUUUGUGGAGCAACUGAAGCUUGGAAGUCCACUCAUUCUUGCUCUGCAAUGGCGACCCUUCUCCAAGCACCUUCCUCUCUCUCCCCUCUCAACCAAAAGAAAGCCCAGCCAGCUAUUGAAGGGAAUGUACUUGACAAAGAAUCAGUCUCUAUCAAUGAAGAAAAUGAUUAUGGGGUCGUUGGUAUGCACCAUGUUGGAAUUUUAUGUGAAAAUCUUGAAAGAUCCCUUGACUUUUAUCAAAAGGUUCUUGGGCUGAAGAUAAAUGAAGCAAGACCAAACGAUGAGGUUCCAUUCAGGGGUGCUUGGUUGUGGGUAGGGUCUGAGAUGAUUCAUUUGAUCGAGCUUCCAAAUCCUGACCCUUUAACUGGACGACCGGAACAUGGUGGUCGAGAUCGUCACACAUGUAUUGCAAUAAGGGAUGUUUCCAAGCUGAAGGCAAUCCUUGAUAAAGCUGGUAUCCCCUACACGCUUUGUCCUUCUGGAAGGCCAAGAAUCUUUACACGUGAUCCUGAUGCAAAUGCUCUAGAAUUUACACAAGUAGAUGUUUGAUGCUUAUGGAUAUUAAGUGUGUAACAUCCCAAAUUUUCACAUUAAUGUAACAUUCCAAAUU